GGAGGAAGGAGAUACAUGAACAUGCUCCACCCCCUACCCAGCCUGAUAAAGUCCAGGGAGAGCCAGGACUGCCCACCCCACCUGAGCUGUGCUGUCUGACAAGCAAUAAGGAUACAGAGUGCCCCUCCGGCCCCAUCAUGAGGCUCAUGCUGUCACUCCCUGUCCUGGUCCUGGUUCUGGCAAUGGUUUUGGAAGGCCCAGCCCCAGCCCAGGGAACCGUGGACUUGGACUUCACCAGACACUUGAAGGAGUUUGGAAACACCCUGGAGGACAAGGCCCGGGAAGUCAUUGACCGCAUCAAACAAAGUGAUAUUCCUGCAAAGGCCAGGAACUGGUUUUCAGAGACAUUUCAGAAAGUGAAGGAGAAAUUCAAUAUAUGACACCUUGUGGGCCACACCCCAAGAGGGGCUCUGAAAGCUCCUCCACCCCAGCACCUGUCUGGGGACUCCCUCCAGGAUGCCACAAGUCCCCACCCAUCCCCCCCAAUAAACUCAUAUAGAAAAUG